AUGCAGCUGAGGGAGCAGCGAACGGCCCCGACAAAGUCACAGCCGGCGCCAAAGCGGUCUAAGACCACUGAUUCUAGGAUUGGGAGCCAGCAGAGCCGCACUUGUGGAAAGUGCGGUAAGGGUCAUUCUAGGGUUUGUCGAGCUGGUAGUGGGUGCCACAAGUGUGGAAAGGAGGGGCAUUAUGCGAAGGAUUGUCGCCAACCCGUCCCGGUUUCGAGUAUGAGGUUGUGUUAUCAUUGUGAUCAGGUUGGCCAUUUGAAGGCCAAUUGUCUGUUGCUUGACGCUAAGCCGGCACAGACUUCCGCUCCAGCUACCUUGAGGAUUGCAGAUGGGAGGCCAGCUAAGGCAGAGCCUCCGAAGGCUUAG